GCGUCCCGGAAGCGACGGCUGCGUUAGGCGCGGUCGCCUCUCGGACCUGAGACUGCCGGACUGCUGUGGGAGGAGUGCGGUGUCGGGGUGGGGCGGGCCUGCGGGAACUCUCCGGAGCGCCGUAGCCCUUCCGGUGCCCCCUGCCCCUCCCCUGGCCCAGCAUCCGGGAUGCAGACAUCAGAGCGUGAGGGGAGUGGACCAGAGGUGAACCCCAGUGUGAUGCCUGAGGCUCUCCCGGAGUCACCACUUGCCCCUACAAAGCCGCCAGCGUUUGAUCUUUUCAACCUGGUUCUGUCCUAUAAGAGGCUGGAGGUCUAUCUGGAACCCCUGAAGGAUGCAGGUGAUGGUGUUCGAUACUUGCUAAGGUGGCAGAUGCCUUUGUGUUCCUUGAUGACCUGCCUGGGCCUCAACAUCUUGCUCCUCACUUUGAACGAGGGUGCGUGGUACUCAAUGGGUGUCUUGAUGAUUUCGGUGCCUGCCCUGCUGGGCUACCUUCAGGAGGUUUGCCGGUCACAGCUGCCAGAGUCUGAGCUGAUGCGGAGGAAGUAUCACAGCAUAAGGCAGGAAGACCUGCAGAGAGUUCGCCUUUCCCGCCCAGAGGCCGUGGCUGAGGUGAAGAGCUUCUUGAUCCAGCUGGAGGCCUUCCUGGCCCGCUUGUGCUGUACCUGUGAGGCUGUCUACCGUGUACUACACUGGGAGAACCCUGUGGUCUCCUCACAGUUCUAUGGCGCUCUUCUGGGAAUGGUUUGCAUGCUCUACCUGCUGCCACUCUGCUGGGUCCUCGCCCUCUUAAACAGCACUCUGUUCCUGGGAAAUGUCGAGUUCUUCAGAGUGGUGUCUGAGUACAGGGCAUGUCUGCAGCGGCGGAUGAACCCCAAGCAGGAAGAGUAUGCCUUUGAGAGCUCACCAUUGCAGGAUGCUGGGGGAAGAGGUGCUCUGCUGGACAGCACACCUGCCCCCACCCCCACGGAGGACCUCACGCCAGGCAGUGUGGAGGAGGCUGAGGAGGCUGAGCCAGAUGAGGAGUUCAAAGAUGCAAUUGAGGAGACCCACCUGGUUGUGCUGGAGGAUGACGAGUGUGCCCCGUGCCCAGUAGAGGAUGACCUGGCUCUGCAGGACAAUGGAUUCCUAAGCAAGAAUGACGUGCUGCGCAGCAAAGUGUCACGGCUCACAGAGCGACUCCGCAAGCGUUAUCCCACCAACAACUUUGGGAACUGUACGGGCUGCUCUGCCACUUUCUCAGUGCUAAAGAAGAGGCGGAGCUGCAGUAAUUGUGGGAACAGCUUCUGCUCUCGGUGCUGCUCCUUCAAGGUGCCCAAGUCCUCCAUGGGGGCCACAGCUCCUGAAGCCCAGAGAGAGACUGUGUUUGUGUGUGCCUCAUGUAACCAGACCUUGAGCAAGUGAGAGAGAGGCCCAAGCUCCAACUGGCAGCAGUCCUGGGGCCAGCAGUAGAUCCCACUUUUCCUACCCCUACCCCCCUGAGGCGUGUGCUGGGCAAAUGUGGCCUAAAUGCUAGGUAGGCUUCCUGUCCUUUCCCUGCUGCCUCCAGCUGAGCUGGUGAUGCUCAAACACCUGAGGGGAGAGGAGCUCCUGAGACCCUGGCUGUCUGCUCUGCUCUGCUCCAUGCCCUCUGGACUCAGGGGUGUCCAGGGAGUACCCACCAGAGGGCAGAACUGACCUAGGCCUGCUGUCAGCUGGACUCUGAUGGUCAAGGCCAGUCUUGGCCAGGCCUAGGGAUCCUGGAGACCUCAGGUUAGGAAAAGAGGUUUUUCCUCGUGUUGGGUACUGGACAGUCUCUCAGCCUCAGAGGGCUGCAGAAGGGCUUAUAGCACUAUGCCCUAAUUCUGCCCUUUGAAUGUCCCUUCUUCAGGAUAUAUGUCCCCAUCAGAGUUUGUAGGCAUGAGGACUCUAGACACAGGAUUGGAGUUCCCAAGUCCCCAGAGGAGAGUGUGCUGGUCAGGUCCUUUAGUGCCAAGUGGAUGGCAGCAUGGGGAAGUUCCAUCUUGCAGAGUCUUAGUGCCCAUGAUGCUCUCAUGUCUUCAGCCCCUUCCCUGGGGUAGCCACAGGACCUUCAGAUCACUCCUGCUCCUCUUGUCCUGAGUCAGGGCACCCCACUUCUUACCCAGUGUCACCUCUCCCUUCCCCAGCCCUUGUUCUACAGAGUGAGACCAGGUUAGAGGACCAGAGGUCCUAAAGCCCUUGACCUUUGAGGUCCCGGGAAGUGUAGGACCUUGCUGGGCUGCCUCCUAGAGUCCAGGCUAUUCCUGGAGAGAAGUGUCCAUUAUGGGGCAGGGCCACUUGGUCAAUUUUAUGUUCUCUCUGAACUCUGAGGGGCCCAGUGUCUCUUCCUAAGCUGUGAGCUGGCUCGGGCCUCCCUCCUUAGCUGCCCUGCCCUUUAAAAGUAUUUAUUUAUUUAUUUCAUUGUUCUUGGGAACACACAGCACAGGAGUGGGGUGGAGAGGAUGAGGGGCUUCUCCUACCUUGGACCCUUCCCUAGAGUCACGGGCUGCCCUUGGGGCCCACGGGUUGCCUGGUACAUGCCACAGUAGCAGUGGAGACAUUUCUGCUGCCUAACCAGGGACUCGGGUGGAAGUUGGGUGUGGGACAAGUGAGCUGUCUGAGGCCCUUGUUACUGCUAGGCCACACAGAGCAGUGAGGGUUUGGCAGCAGAGACCUGGCAGGCCUGAGCACCCCUUUGUCCUGGUAGGAGAGGCGGGUUACUUUGUCUGUGCUUAGUAACCUUGGAGAGCAGUGGAAAGGAGCUCUGGAUGGAGAAUUGUCAAUAAAAGGCCCCAAGCUUA